AUGACGUCGUGGUUGGCCGAGGUUGCGUCGCUACUGGACGUGUCGUCGGUGUUUUUGUUCCUCAUCACCCUCGUCGUCUUUUCCAUACCCGUCUUGAUAAUAUUCCCGCCCAUCCCGGUCGAGAGAUCCGAUGCUCUUGGCCAGACGCACUCCAAGAUUGGGGUCCCGCCGCAGGAGAGCAACUUGCGCGACCAAUGGACGGCGGCGGCUCGUGCCGCCACCACCACCAACGGUCAUGCCAACGGCCGCGCCGGGAGCAGUGGCCGGCCGUCACCGCCCAAGAUUCACAGCCUGCACAUCUACCCGCUCAAGUCCUGCCAGGGCAUCGAGCUGGCCGAGGCGACGGUGCUGCCCACAGGCCUUGAGCACGAUCGCGUCUUCUGCCUCGCGCAGCUAAAGACCAGGAAGCCGCGGACGGACCCUGCAGCAGCAGCAGCAGCAGCAGCCUCUAGCAAAAAAGUCGACUACUGGGAGGUGCUGACGCUGCGACAGAUUGCGUCCAUGGCCAACAUCAAAGUCGAUCUCUGGGUGCCGGACGCCUCAAAGCACAGCAGGCAGCUAGGCCCGAUGACGGGCGAGGACGGUCCCGGCGCCUGGGGACUCGUCGAGACGAUGGCUGCCAAGCUGAGCCGUGGCCUGUCCGCCGCUCCCGAGCGCGAGUUCAUGCUGCCGAUGAGCUUCCCGUCCGCCCACGAAGUCAAAGCCCGCGGCUACUCCCAUGCCGAGGUGACACACUUCCGUAACGUGAUUCCGUCCCUCAACAUGGGUCCCGAGCUCCCUAAAGAGCUCGCCCUCUACCUUGGCCUCGAGCCUGCCAGGCUAGGCCUCUUUCGCCUGGAUCCCGCCCAGCGCCGUCAAGUCCUUGGCUGCGCGCCAACGCGCGAAGUUGCAGGUUACCAGCCUGAAAUUGACUUUCAGGAUGCAUACCCACUGCACUUGCUCAAUCUCAGCAGCGUUCGAGCUCUGGAGUCAAAGAUCCGCCGGGACGCAGACAUUGACCGUCUCGAUGCUCGCCGGUUCAGACCUAAUAUCAUCGUGUCUGGCCUCCCCGAGUAUGACGAAGAUGACUGGCGGUCUGUUCAGUUCAAAGCUGUAAGCCGCCAGGACGCAGAUAGUCUCUUUGACGUUUCUUGCCGAACGGUUAGAUGCAAACUACCAAACGUCGAUCCAGCCACAGGUAUCCGGCACAAAGUAGAACCAGACUACGCCUUGCGGCACUACCGAGAGAUUGAUGCCGGUGCCCCCAAGAAGGGUUGCAUGGGCAUGCAAAUGUGCCCCCUAUUCUCGCCAGACGUCGCGUCACAUAAUCUGAAGUCGAGGAUCCGAGUCGGCAUGGAGAUUUCCGUCCUUAAGCGCGGCGCACACCACGCCUUGUAG